AUGGCAGCGCCCACGACGCCGCCGACGACGGUUGGGGAGCAGACGGUGCAGUCAGUUUGUUGUUGUCGCGCGUUUAAAUUUCAAGUGGAGAUGGACGCGUGUACAAACGUCGUCGUCGGGAACGAGGUCGAGUUAACCGGAGACGACUUCGAGGAUGUAGUAGCGCACCCAGACCUGAUGAAGGAUAAUCUGAGAAAAUUAAAAGAGGCGUGCAAUAAUUACAAAAACCGUGUAAUAAGGCUCGUUCAGGAGUCAAAGUUACGAUUCUCAGAACGAGCCAAACAGUUGGAGAAGAGCUAUGAGACGAUGGCGCAGCUGUCAGGUGAAAGGCUGGAGCUGAAGGAGUCACUGGAAACUAUAAGGCUGGAGCAGAAGGUCGUCGAGAAAAAGACCAUGAAUUCCAUCAGGGAGAUAGAUAGGAUCAGGACUGAGAUGGAGCUUAUCAAAGAAAAAAAAGAGACACUGUCACUGGAAAUUGUUGACCUGCAGCAAGAAAUUGAUAACUCAAGGGAUCACUUGAAAAAACAGUGGGAGGCUAUCAAAAAGGCAUGCAGCAAGUAUAAGAAUGUACUCGAUAUUCAUAUCGAUACAGAGAUGGUGGAUCAUAUUGAGCAUGUGACAGUGACAUACUUUUGGUCUGAAAAUCCAACUGACCAUAAAUUCUUUGUUAUACUCCAGUAUGAAAAUGACUGUUGGAAAGUUAAAAAGAUUGAACCAGAACUAAGCGCAGAGCAAAAGUAUCAGCUAAAUCAUGUGGUACACUUUUCGAAGCAAUCAGAAGUGCAAAAUGUUACUGCAUUACUCAGUGAGUUAAGGAUUUUGUUUCUGAAAAAUUAUUUUUAACAUUAAUGUAAGAUAGUACAUAACUACAAAAUAUCA